GUCACGCCUUGCCCAGACGGGGCCCAGCGGACGCCACGAACCGCAGACGCGGUCAGCGAAACACAACGGUGCCGCCGCAGCGCUCCAUCAACACUUCGAAGAUGACUUCGCAGCAGGGCGGCCGCUCGUCCCCCACCCAACUCUCCGCCCUGGCGGCCCCUCGUGCAGCCCGCAGCGAGUCACACUCGCAUUCUGCGAUAAGCAGCUCCUCGACCGCGCUCCACCCGGCCGCCAAUGCAACCUCGAGUCACUUGAACGCAGCACUCCCGCCGCUCAACACGGACGACCCAGCCGACCCCUCGCUGCCGCGCUUCCACAUCCGCAACCCCUCGGCCGCCCUCUCGCUCAACACCGACGUCGACGAUCUAUUCAUGAAGGCUGCCGAGCGCCUGCAACACGCGACGACGCUCGGGGACGGCAGCACGGCGGACGCGCUGCGGCACUCGGCCACGGCGCCCAUUGCGAUACAGGAGGGCUAUCUGCGGAGCACGUUUUCGGCGGGGAGCAUGACCGGGUCGCUUUCACCUGGCUCUGCACUUUCAUCACCCGCGCUGAACGCUUUGGUCGAUCUCACCCCGCUCCCUUCGCCACUGGUUAUGAGCGAUUCGCCGGGAUCAUGGACCAGGGGAGGUGUUUCGUUUCGCCCUCGCUCGAGAGGCGCGUCAGGCUCUUCCCGAGACGAUUCCUUCGCCAUGUUUAGCAGAGGCGGCACGCUCUCGCCCUCACCCUCGUUGAAGAAGAAAGGGUACCAGAAGCUCAAGACAGCUGGAGAGCAGGCCGUGGACGCCAGCAUGCAGACCCAGCACAAGAACGACGCCUCCCGCGAGAGGAACAGGAGCCUCAGCGAGUUUAGGCCCGACUCCAUGCACAACAUCGGCGCGCGACAUGUCACCAUCUCGAAUGUGGCACCCCAAACGUCUCAACCCGACACUACGUAUGAGUCUCGACUCCACCGUGAGGCCUAUCUGGCCGCACAGCGAGGCUUGGUCCCCGCUACAGUACCCGCUGGCCUGCCCACACCACCCGCUAGCAAUCGGAGCGUCACUGAGAGUGAAGAAGACGAGAUCGCAGAACACGACAAGGUCGACUACAUAACCGUGAGACAAGGCCCGCAGAUGGUCAAGAAGCUCUGGCGCCCAGUACGCCAGCUCGGCCAAGGCACAUUUAGCAAAGUCUGGCUAGCCACAAGCGAGAAGCGCUCAGCCAACGACCCACUCGACGAGACCACCCUCGAUCCCCGCAAACUUGUCGCCAUCAAGGUCGUCGAGCACGGUCCUGCAGGCGGCGCCGACGAAGAGCGCGUAGAACUAAGCCUGAAGCGGGAAGUCGAGAUGCUCCGUUCUGUCUCCCAUCCUUCGCUCGUCCAUCUGCGAGCAUUCGAUAACGGUGAUUCUCAAGCGCUGCUGGUUUUGACAUAUUGCCCCGGUGGUGAUUUGUUCGACGUAGCCAGCACGAACCGCGACCUGCUCGGUGUAGAUCUCGUACAGCGCAUCUACGCCGAGCUAGUCAGUGCCACCCGUUACCUCCAUGAGAAGCUCAUUGUGCACCGCGACAUCAAGUUAGAAAAUGUUCUCCUUAAUAUUCCCGUUUCCACAGUACCCUUGCUCAAAAAUCCACGUUCGCAUCCGUAUCCUAUAGCAACACUCACGGAUUUGGGCCUAUCGCGCCGUAUUCCUGCUCCGCCCGAAUCACCUCUGUUGACUACUCGCUGUGGCAGUGAAGAUUAUGCUGCUCCUGAAAUUCUCCUGGGUCAGCCGUACGACGGUCGUCAAACUGAUGCCUGGGCCCUUGGUGUUCUCCUUUAUGCACUAAUGGAAGGUCGUCUACCGUUCGAUUCUCCACCAGGCAAGCCCGUACGCAGUCGGCCGGCUCAUCGCAUUGCACGAUGCGACUGGAUGUGGAUCAGGUUUGGUGACGACGACGGCGAAUGGGACGCCGAGAAGGGCGAGGACUGGGAAGGCGCGCGAGCUUGCGUCGAGGGUCUUCUGAAGAAGGUGUCACGCGGCCGCAAGAGCCUCGAGGACAUUGAGAAGAUGGAGUGGGUGCAGAACGGCAUUCAAGUGGACGGUGGCGUGAGGCGCAGGAUCGAGGACUAUGAUCGAUGCCCAUAGCCAUUAACGGCAGCAUCGCCGCAAACUAUGUAUUAAUAACGCGGUCUCCAACGGGACCGAGAUUUCCUUGCGUCCAUUUCAUAUCUGGGAAGAGGAGGUCGGCACUGGGCGGGUACGGUAUCGGUCGGCACAGGAUACGAAUCGUUGAGAUACCACGGGCAGGACGACACACGGCUGAAUAGAUGGGGCGGUACGGUCGGCUCUGGUUCUACGGCUCUUGGUCACUCGCUCGACACUCGCUCCUUUGCUCGAUCGACUUCUUUUUCUUUCUCUUCUUGUACCUG